UGUCAUCACAGGCAGUUUUUAAUUAAAUUAUUCAGCUCUAAGAUGAGAAUUGAACAGACAGUCGAUCCUCUUUCUAGCAAUUUAUUUAUAAUUUAUCACGUUAGAUUUGCCAAUUGUUAACAUAAUUAAUAUAUUUUGAUACAUUUUAAAGCUAAAGCCCAUCAAACUACUCUCUAUCAUUUCUCUCGCAUAUAUCUUCAUCUUCCUUUCUUUCUGCUCUUUCUGCCUUUCAUUCUCUCCUCUUUCUUUCUUUUUCAUGUGGACCGAGUGAUUCCUAAAAUUUAGCUCGCCUUUUUCUUUAUCUUACACCGACUAAAUUGCUUCAGUUAAGGUUAUUUCUGGGUUAUCAAAUGUUUUGUAUUUAACUGGCUACAAUAUUAACUAUCCAUUAUGGCAGAUGAACAGGAAUUGACACAGUUGGAAUUGUUGUGCAAACAGUUAUAUGAAACGACUAGUAGUGAGGAACGAAGUAAGGCUGAAUCAUCUCUGGUAGCUUUCAGCAACUCUCCUGAUUGUCUUAAUAAAUGUCAAUUGCUUUUAGAAAGAGGAGUGUCCUCAUAUGCUCAACUGCUGGCUGCUACUACAUUAACAAAACUUGUAAGCCGGACACCUAGUGCUCUUUCUCCUCAACAACGGUUAGAUAUCCGGAAUUACAUUCUCAACUAUCUAGCCACUCGGGGUAAACUAGCGCCUUUUGUUACUCAAGCAUUAGUUCAACUGUAUGCUCGAAUAACCAAGACAGGAUGGUUCGAGUGUGUAAAGGAAGAAUAUGUCUUUAAAAACGUCUUACCACAGAUUAGGCCAUUUCUCCAGGAAUCGAACUCAGUUGAAUAUUGUAUAAUUGGUGUUCAGAUUUUGUCUCAAUUAACUUGUGAGGUUAAUCAAAUAAGUGGAGAUGAAGCAAGUCGAUCAAUAGCUAAACAAAGGAAAAUAGCCUCAUCAUUCCGGGAUUCACUUUUAUAUGAAAUAUUUCAAAUAUCACAUGAUUAUUUGAGGCGAGCUUUGGAAAGUUGGAAAAACACCAAUUUUGAAGAUCAAAAUCAAAAAACAUUGAUUCAUCAUCUUCUUCGGCUUUCUCUUUCUUGUCUAUCAUUCGAUUUCAUCGGUACCUCACCAGAUGAAUCAUCAGAUGAUCUUACAACUGUUCAGAUACCAACUAAUUGGAAGCCAGCUUUCUUGGAUUUUAAUACUCUCCAACUCUUUUUUGAUCUCUACCGAUGCUUACCGUCAGCUUUAUCCCCAUUAGCUCUCUCCUGUUUGGUUCAAAUUGCUUCAGUUCGACGAUCACUUUUUAGCAACCAAGAACGUGCCAAAUUUCUGAUGCAAUUAGUCAACGGUGUCAGAUAUAUUUUGGAAAACCCAAGUGGCUUGUCAGAUCCCAACUGUUAUCAUGAGUUUUGUCGAUUAUUAGCACGUCUCAAAUCCAACUUUCAGCUUAGUGAACUUGUUAAGGUUGAGGGAUAUGCCGAAACCAUUGCUCUAAUCACAAAAUUCACUGUAACAAGUUUACAGAUGUGCCAAUGUCCACCUAAUUCAAUUCACUAUUUGCUGAAUCUCUGGCAAAGGAUGGUUGCAUCAGUACCAUAUGUCAAAGCUCAAGAGCCACAUCUCUUGGAAACUUACACACCUGAAGUUACAAGAGCAUACAUUACUUCACGAUUAGAUGCCGUAGCUCAAAUUGUUAAUGAAGGUUUAGAUAGUCCAUUUGAAGAUGUUGGAAUGAUUCAACAACAACUAGAGCAACUUUCAACAAUAGCUCGUUGUGAAUAUGAGAAAACAUGUGCUCUUAUCGUCCAACUGUUUGAUCAAACUGCACAAACAUAUCAAGAACUUAUUCGUGCAAAUCCGUUAUCAAGAGUCGAAGUAUCUACAGCAGAAGGACAGCUUACCUGGCUUGUCUAUAUAAUAGGUGCUGCUAUAGGAGGAAGAGUAUUUUUAAAUAGCACCGAAGAGCAUGAUCAAAUGGAUGGAGAGUUAGCUUGCAGAGUCUUACAAUUAAUGCAAUUAACUGAUGCUAGGCUAGCUCAGGGUGGAUACUGUGAAGAACUGGAGUUAGCUAUUCUCAGCUUUUUUGAACAAUUUCGUAAAAUUUAUAUUGGUGAUCAAGUUCAAAAAACAUCCAAAGUUUAUCGACGCUUAUCAGAAGUAUUAGGACUUAGUGAAGAAACACAAGUUCUCAGCAUAUUCGUUAGGAAAAUAAUUACAAAUUUGAAGUAUUGGGGUAUUAGUGAAAUGAUAAUUACAAAAACUCUCCAAAUUCUCAAUGAUCUAUCUGUUGGAUAUAGCAGUGUAAGAAAACUGGUCAAAUUAGAGGAAGUACAGUUCAUUCUAAGCAAUCAUGCAAGUGAUCAUUUCCCAUUCCUUAGCAAUGCAGCACCUAUCAAUCAAAUGAGAUGUCGUUCAACAUUUUACACUUCGUUAGGAAGAUUGUUAAUGAUUGAUCUAGGAGAGGAUGAAGAAAAGUUCGAAGUUUUCAUGCGACCUCUCACAGUGGCCUCUGAUGCUCUUGGUGCUAUGCUUCUUUCACCUGAUCCUUCAAUUUAUAACACAGAGGAAGCAAAGAAAGCUUUAAUAGGUAUUGCCAGAGAUCUUCGUGGACUCGUUUAUGCAUUCAAUACCAAAACCAAUUACAUGAUGUUCUUCAAUUGGAUAUAUCCUGCUUAUACACCAAUUUUCCAUCGAGCCAUUGAUUUAUGGUAUCAUGACCCUCAAGUCACUACCCCGGUCCUGAAACUUAUGGCUGAACUUGUCCAAAAUAGAUCCCAAAGGCUUCAAUUUGAUGUUUCAUCUCCUAAUGGUGUUCUAUUGUUCAGGGAAACAAGUAAAAUGAUUGUCAAUUAUGGUAGUCGUGUUCUAACCAUGGGUGAUAUACCAAAGGAACAGAUAUAUCAAAUGAAACUAAAAGGUGUAUCUAUAUGCUUUUCCAUGCUUAAAUCUGCUCUUUGCGGUGGUUAUGUCAAUUUUGGUGUUUUCAGAAUUUAUGGUGACUCCGCUUUGGAUGAUGCCUUAAAUAUAUUCAUCAAACUCCUGCUUUCGAUUGCACAAACUGAUCUACUUAACUAUCCAAAGUUAAGCCAAACUUAUUAUGUUCUUUUGGAAUGCCUAGCGCAGGAUCAUAUGAAUUUCCUUGCACAUUUAGAGCCUCAUAUAUUCCUGUACAUCUUGUCAUCGAUCUCUGAAGGCCUUAACGCUUUAGAUACAAUGGUGUGUACAGGAUGCUGUUCAACUCUUGACUACAUUGUGUCGUAUCUGUUUAAAAUGUUAUCAAAAAUGAACACUUCUUCUGUUGUUCGAGAGCAAGAAACUUGCCUCAAAGUUUUGAAAAUGAGUCCAGAAAUUUUGCAACAAAUGUUAGCCACCAUUUUAAAUAUAAUCAUGUUCGAGGACUGUAGAAAUCAAUGGUCGAUGUCAAGGCCUUUGCUAGGACUAAUUCUUCUAAAUGAAGAUUAUUUCCAACAGUUAAGACAACAAUUAAUUUCAUCACAACCACCCGACAAGCAAGCAGUUAUGGCCCAAUGGUUUGAUAAUCUUAUGAGAGGAGUUGAAAGAAAUCUUCUCACUAAAAAUCGAGAUAGAUUUACUCAAAAUCUUUCUUUAUUCCGUCGUGAUAUUAAUGAUUCAAUGAAAGCCCCGGCUCUAUACAGCAACUCAACAAUAAAUUUCCCUGAAGCAUCAGCAAUGAUGAGCUGUUCGUGAACCACUUUCAAAGUUCUUAUUUUUGCUAUUAAAUUGAAACAAAUUCGCGAAAAAUUGCUCUGUAAGAUUUCUGGAAUAAAACUCAACGCAAACAACAUAAAUGCCCUUCUUCUGGACCACUGCGAACUCAUUUUUCUCACUUGCUUUCUUAUCCCUUUAUCUGUUCUCUGUUUUUGUCUCUAUCUCUAUUGUACCAUCUAUGGAUAUUUUUUUAAAAUUUAUUUAAUCAUGAUCGUUUUUCCUCCAGAAAUAAAAGAAAAAGUUUAUUGAAAAAAA